AUGAAGGAGAUGUAUGUUCACUGGCGGCGAGAGAGGGUGAGAGACAUCGAAGUUGUGAAGGAAUUAGGUGAAAGAAGAAGAACUCGAGAACGGGAUCAUUCCUUCAGCUCAAAAUCUGCUCGAUACCGUGAACCUGGUGGGGUUGUUGUUUGCGUUAUUCUCCAUCUUUGCGUGAACCUCCGACAAAGCCCGUAUGUUCUCCAAAGCAGUGGAGGUAGCAACACAGUAAGGGAGAGGCAAGGUGCUAGUCUUCGAUUCUUUGAUGGCCAGAAAGAAGGUGAGAAAUCAAUAACGGUCAGGGUGUGGGUUUGUGCGAUUCUUAACUUGGUUGUGGAGGUUGCGGUUCUAAUGAACGAGGAUUCAACCACAAUGGAGGAACUUCUCUUGUGCGUCGCCUGGAAGCUAGGUACGCUAUUUGAACUUUGUUGGGCCUUUAAUGGGUUGGUGAUCAAGUUAGCUAAUGGGCUAGUGGCAUGUAAUUGA